AUGGAAUUUUAGUGUUGUUAAUGUUCGAUAGAGUUCAAUCAGACUGAUCAUUCGCCUCUUGUCUUGCCAAGCUGUGGUCAUUCCAUUUGUUUGUCUUGUGUCAAUUAAUAUACAUCUGGGGAGUAAUCCUUGGUUUGCAAAGAAGACGGGUACACAUCUAUUAGAUUUAUUUAAGAAUAUAAUGCAAUGUCCAAAGAGACAUCAAAUGUUUCCCCCAUAAUUAAAGCAUUAUUACAUUAUUAAAGAAACGUCGAUCAUCAGCUAGAUGUAUAACUACCAUUCAAACUCCUGAUGAACAACAACAAUCAAUUCACAAUUAGACCAAGGAUGUUAGCGAUUUCUCAAGUGAAAAAGGACUUUCUUAAUCUUAAUCAAUGGAAGCAUUGCCUAAAGCUAGUCUUUGUAAAUUGCAUCAGAAGGAACUAGAAUUAGUGUGUAAGGAAGAUGGUUAGUAUAUAUGUGUAAAUUGUGCAUUAUUUGGUCCGCAUAAAUUUCAUAAUUAUCUUCCCAUCGAAUAGUAUCUCAAAUAAAUAGAGUCAGCAGUUCAAUAAAUAUCCAAUGUUUACAAACAAAUACAAACUGAAAGAAAUAGUUAAGAGUAGUUUAAACAAUUACUGAUUCUUGGACUUAAUUAAUAAUAAAAUUGUUUAAAAUCUCUUAUAGAAUUAUAAUUCGAUGACCUUAUCAAAUCAAUCGGAGAUAUUAAAUUAUAAGUUUUGCAUAAGAUAGAGCUUAAUUAUUAAAAUUCUCUUGAACACUAGUCCAAUAAACUAGACUCAGAAUUCAUUUCCCUGUAGAUNAUAAAAUCAAAAUUGGUUCAAACCUUUGGAAGAAAGAAGAAUGCUGUCGCAAGUGCAAGUGUUAGAGAAGGAAAGGGUACUGUAAUACAAUAAAAUAAGGUUUGGUUAGAGUGAAUGGAGCUCCAAUUGAAUUAGUCAAUCCAGCCCCAUUGAGAUAAAAGGCUCUCGAACCAUUAUUACUUCUUGGUUAAGUCAGAACAGGCAGAUUGGAUAUCAGAGUCACAGUUAGAGGUGGAGGAAGCACUGCUUAAAUUUAUGCCAUUAGAUAGGUAGAAUUAGCAAUCUUAAAUAUUACUUAGGCCAUCAGCAAAGGUAUCGUUGCUUACUAUCAAAAAUACAUUGAUGAAACUUAAAAGAGAGAAAUCAAAGAUCUCUUAUUAUAAUAUGAUAGAACACUUUUGGUUGCUGAUCCAAGAAGAUGUGAGCCAAGAAAAUUCGGUGGUAAGGGUGCUAGAGCCAGAAGAUAAAAGAGUUACAGAUGAAAAUUUUAUAUCAUAG